AUGCAAGCACAAGAUCGUGCCCAUCGUAUUGGGCAAUCGCGUGAGGUGCGUGUUCUGCGAUUGGUGACCGUGAACAGCAUUGAGGAGAAGAUUCUGGCAGCGGCACGAUACAAACUGAACGUUGACGAGAAGGUCAUUCAGGCCGGCAAAUUCGACCAGCGUUCCACCGGUGUCGAACGACGGCAGUUACUUGAGAAGAUUAUCAGGGCCGAAAGUGAAGACGAUGAAGAAAAUGAAGUACCUGACGAUGAAACAAUCAACCAAAUGGUCGCGCGUUCUGAGGAGGAAUUCGAUUUGUUCCAGAAAAUGGACAUUGAACGUCGACGUCAAGAGGCUGCCGAGUAUCGUCGCAAGCCUCGUUUAAUCGAACAAGACGAGAUUCCCGAUGGUAUCAUUAAGGCAUCACAGCACUUCAUUGAGGAAGAGAAGGAACAACAAAAUAAAAAGCCUUUCUUUGUGGAGCCGAUCGGACGAAGACAUCGCAAAGAAGUCGAUUAUUCACAGGAUUUAAUGUCCGAUCGAGAUUGGCUGAAAAGUAUCGAUGAGGAUAUCGAUGAUGAAGACGACGAAGAAGAGGAGGAAAGAAAACGAAAACGAAAGAAAGAACGUGGCAAACGAAGACGUCACAUUGGUAUGACUCUUAGUGGUGAUGAGCAUUUCAACUAUGAUGACGAUGAUGAUGAUGCACCGAAACGAAAGAAACCGACCCCAGAGUUGACAGCUCUGCUCAACAAACUUUACGAUGCACUUAUAUCGUAUAAAACAAGUAGUGGCCAUGAGGUAGCAGGUGCUUUUGAGCAGUUACCGUCACGACGUGAAUUGCCCGACUAUUAUGAGGUGAUCGAAAAACCGAUGGAUCUGAACAAAAUGAAACGGAAAAUCAAAGAAGGUCGUUAUUCGAGUGUACAGGAUAUGGGCAAGGAUUUGAAACUGCUUUGUGCGAAUGCCCGAAAGUAUAACAUUGAUGGAUCGGAGAUAUUUAAUGAUUCGGUGCUGUUGGAAAGUGUUUGGAGUAAGAUUUGUGGUGAGGACAGCGCCUCAACAAGCCAACAGCAACCACCAAAUGGUCAAUCUCAAACCAGUCAACAAGCGUCCACCUCCUCAUCAAGCAAUUCGGUUAAAGUGCAAAUGCAAGACUCGAAUUCAAAUGAACCCGGCUCAUCGACAACCAGUAGUGUACGCAAUAGUCCAUCGAAUGAUGAAAAGGAAAGUGAAAAAAAUGUGAAGUCGCAUGGUGCGAAGAAGGUGAGAAAUAAUAAGACGCACCAGGCUUGA